AUGGCCAGGAAAAUACAGCAAAGAACAAACAUUGGCCUAUCCACUAUCUAUUACAACUUAAAAAAAUUGAAAGAAAAAGGGAACGUGGCUCAAAAAAAAGGUCAAGGUAGACCGAAAAAAAUUAACAGCUCGAUAGCUAGUGCAAUAGGUGCACAUAUACGAUACAAUCCUACAAUUUCUGUCAGUGAUUUAGUUAAUAAAUUGAAAGAAAACAGUUUUAUAGUUGGAAGAGAAAUG